CUGGCCCGGGCGGCCAGCGGCGCGUGGCUGGACGGUGGUGGUCUCUGCCCGGUGCCCGUGAGGGCGGGUGGAGGCCGAGGCGGCCGGCUCGGGGAUGUCCAGGAGCUCCAAGGUGGUGCUGGGCCUCUCGGUGCUGCUGACGGCGGCCACGGUGACCGGCGUGCACCUGAAGCAGCAGUGGGACCAGCAGAGGCUACGUGACGGAGUGAUCCGAGACAUCGAGAGGCAGAACCGGAAAAAAGAAAACAUUCGUCUUCUGAGAGAGCAGAUUAUUUUGACUGAGCAACUUGAAGCUGAGAGACAGAAGAUUUUGCUGGAACAAGGCUCUAAGGAUACGUGAUUGGAAGUGAACGUGAACUGUCAUGGGAUAUUGCUCUUGCUGUGCGUCUGUGUGUUGAUGGGUAACAAGCUGGAGACUCCUGCUCGGCCAUUGUCCUGGUAAACUUGCCCAGGAGACGCCAGCAGGUUGGCGAUCCACAUCGUUGCUGAGAAGACUGCUCCUGCUGGCACCAGGCUGCUGCAGGCGCUCCGGCAGGGAGUUGGUCUCUGUGAUGCAGCUGGAAGUUCUGAUGGGGAGUUGGUCUAUGUGAUGUGCUGGAAGCCUCACUGCCAGCACCAGUGCAGCGUGCAGAGCCGUGGCCUGCUGCUCAGCAGCUCUCCAAAACC